AUGGAUCCAGCCUUCGCCAAUUGGAUUACUGAGUUUUAUACUGCUGCAGAAGCUAGCAACACCACUGCAUAUGGAUACUCCGAGUUCUUCAGCACCAAUGCCACUAUCAGUCUUGGCGGAUGGGACCCAUCCCAGGACGUCACUGAUGGAUUGACUGUCAGGAUCCACUACCCAACAAACGUCAUUCAAACCAAAGACACUGCCGAUACAGUGUUUGAUCUUUUUGGUCUCACCAAAGGGUACUAUGAGAAUGGAACUUGCGUCGUUGGCAGUUACGAGACCAGGUUUACUAUCCAGACUGUUAACGGUCGUGCAAACCUAAAGCCACGAUCGGGUUCCCUGACUGCAUUGAAUCUCAUAGAGCAAACCGUCUCUAAUCAAUCCUGUGAUACAUUUUAG